CCCCAUCAGAUCAAAAUGGGUUGUCUUUCCAUGUCACUCGUAGUCUUCUGUCUUGCUAUUGCGACCGUCCUUUCCACGUGUCCCAGAACCUACACCUACCGUCGCGCCAACAGAUGCACGGGAUAUCGCAACCAGCGAUGUGGACUGUUUGGCUGGAGUAGAUGUCGCAGGUCGUACACCUACCCCUGCCACAUAAGCGAACAACGCACUUGCCCAGCGCCAUCUGUGUCGUACGGAAGGUGGGGACCGUGCUCAUCCUCUUGUGGCGGCGGUUUAAAGUUCAGGACAAAGUAUGUGCGCUGCAGCUCGUCAUGUGGCGGGGCCAGGACAACGACGCAAGAAUCACGAAAAUGUAACACUGGCUGUUGCCCAGUGAAUGGCGGAUGGAGUUCCACCAGAUAUGGCUCGUUUGGAACGUGUUCUGUGAGUUGCGGCGGAGGAUCACAAACUCGCACUGCUUCGAGGUUGUGCACCAACCCGAGACCAUCGUGUAGAGGACACGUCUGCUCCGGAUCAGCUUCCUGGACCGAGACCAGGAGAUGUAACAGCCAGUGUUGUCCAGUCAAUGGCGGAUGGAGUGCAACCACUUAUGGUAGCUGGGGAGCAUGCAGCACCUCGUGCGGGGGUGGAGUUCAGACGCGAACUCUGAAUCGAGGCUGUAACAACCCGGCACCAUCGUGUAAUGGCAGAUCGUGCUCUGGGAUGGCGAGUUGGCAAGAAGACAGAAACUGUAACCCGAAUCCUUGUCCAGUGAACGGUGGCUGGAGCGAGUAUGAGGACUGGACGGAAUGGACGACGUGUUCGGUAUCGUGCGCUGGGGGAACCCAGUUCAGGUCUCGGUCUAGAACCUGCACUAACCCUCCACCAGCCUAUGGCGGCGCCGACUGCCAGGGCAGUGACACUGAAGUCGAUACCAGGAGCUGCAACACACAGCCUUGUCCUAUUGAUGGCGGCUGGACUGACUAUACGCCCUGGGAUGACUGGUCCACCUGUUCUAUGUCGUGUGGAGGCGGAUCACAGGCUAGAUUCCGGUCUCGGACAUGCACCAACCCAGCUCCUGCUUACGGUGGAGCAGAAUGUGAGGGCAAACCCGAGGAUAGCGAAGAGAGGGGGUGCAACACUCAUCACUGCCCAAUUGAUGGCGGCUGGACUGAAUAUACUCCCUGGGAUGACUGGUCCACCUGUUCUGUGUCGUGUGGAGGCGGAUCACAGGCCAGAUCCCGGUCUCGGACAUGCACCAACCCAACUCCUGCUUACGGCGGAGCAGAAUGUGAGAGCGAACCCGACGAUACCGAGGAGAGGGAGUGCAACACCCAGCAGUGUCCAAUUGAUGGCGGCUGGACUGACUAUACGCGCUGGGAUCACUGGUCCACCUGCUCUAUGUCGUGUGGAGGCGGAUCACAGGCCAGAUCCCGGUCUCGGACAUGCACCAACCCAGCUCCUGCUUACGGCGGAGCAGAAUGUGAGGGCGAACCCGAGGAUAGCGAGGAGAGGGAAUGCAACACACAGCACUGUCCAAUUGAUGGCGGCUGGACUGACUAUACGCCCUGGGAUGACUGGUCCACCUGUUCUGUGUCGUGUGGAGGCGGAUCACAGGCCAGAUCCCGGUCUCGGACAUGCACCAACCCAGCUCCUGCUUACGGCGGAGCAGAAUGUGAGGGCGAACCCGAGGAUAGCGAGGAGAGGGAGUGCAACACCCAGCAGUGUCCAAUUGAUGGCGGCUGGACUGACUAUACGCCUUGGGAUGACUGGUCCACCUGUUCUGUGUCUUGUGGAGGCGGAUCACAGGCCAGAUUCCGGUCUCGGACAUGCACCAACCCAUCUCCUGCUUACGGCGGAGCAGAAUGUGACGGCGAACCCGACGACAGUGAGGAGAGGGAGUGCAACACCCAGCAGUGUCCAAUUGAUGGCGGCUGGACUGACUAUACGCCUUGGGAUGACUGGUCCACCUGUUCUGUGUCUUGUGGAGGCGGAUCACAGGCCAGAUUCCGGUCUCGGACAUGCACCAACCCAUCUCCUGCUUACGGCGGAGCAGAAUGUGAGGGCGAACCCGACGAUAGCGAGGAGAGGGAGUGCAACACCCAGCAGUGUCCAAUUGAUGGCGGCUGGACUGACUAUACGCCUUGGGAUGACUGGUCCACCUGUUCUGUGUCUUGCGGAGGCGGAUCACAGGCCAGAUUCCGGUCUCGGACAUGCACCAACCCAUCUCCUGCUUACGGCGGAGCAGAAUGUGAGGGCGAACCCGACGAUAGCGAGGAGAGGGAGUGCAACACCCAGAUGUGUCCAAUUGAUGGCGGCUGGACUGACUAUACGCCCUGGGAUGACUGGUCCACCUGUUCUGUGUCGUGUGGAGGCGGAUCACAGGCCAGAUUCCGGUCUCGGACAUGCACCAACCCAGCUCCUGCUUACGGCGGAGCAGAAUGUGAGGGCGAACCCGAUGAUAGCGAGGAGAGGGAAUGCAACGCACAGCACUGUCCAAUUGAUGGCGGCUGGACUGACUAUACGCCCUGGGAUCACUGGUCCACCUGCUCUGUGUCGUGUGGAGGCGGAUCACAGGCCAGAUUCCGGUCUCGGACAUGCACCAACCCAGCUCCUGCUUAUGGUGGGGCAGAAUGUGAGGGCGAACCCGACGAUACCGAGGAGAGGGAGUGCAACACCCAGCAGUGUCCAAUUGAUGGCGGCUGGACGGACUAUACGCCCUGGGAUCACUGGUCCACCUGCUCUGUGUCGUGUGGAGGCGGAUCACAGGCCAGAUUCCGGUCUCGGACAUGCACCAACCCAGCUCCUGCUUACGGCGGCGCAGAAUGUGGGGGCGAACCCGAGGAUACCGAGGAGAGGGAAUGCAACACCCAUCACUGCCCAAUUGAUGGCGGCUGGACUGCCUAUACGUCCUGGGAUCACUGGUCCACCUGUUCUGUGUCGUGUGGAGGCGGAUCACAGGCCAGAUUCCGAUCUCGGACAUGCACCAACCCAGCUCCUGCUUACGGCGGCACAGAAUGUGAGGGCGAACCCGAGGAUAGCGAGGAGAGGGGGUGCAACACCCAGCAUUGUCCAAGACAUUUCUGUACCGGACGAAGCACUGGUUACUAUGCCAACAGCGACUGUCACAAAUACAACUGGUGUAUCAAUGGCCGACUGUACGAAAUGAGCUGUGCUUCCGGUCUCAAAUGGAGCCAAUCAGUAUCGACCUGUGUUCGUGGAGACUUAGAGAACCGACUGGUGACAAUGGGUUAUCUAGGAGUUAUCGUUCUUGUCUUGUGUGUAGCUGCAACGGCCCUGUCUUAUCAGCAAUGUACCGGCACACAGCGCACGUGCUACAGGCGGAGACAGGUGUGUAGGGGCAGGAGUUGGUAUCGCAGUUGCUACUACAGAACUGAAGCCUACAGGUGCUUCAAGAAAGUCACAUGCUCGGUCUACGGCUACGGUUCCUGGACAACCCGAUCCUCAUCUCCGUGCAGCGCCUCCUGUGGCCAGGGGACACAAAUCCAACAUCGCUACAAGUUUUGCCGCUACCCAUGCUCUACCGUGUCGGAGAAUCGCACCGUGUCCUGCAACGUGCAGCCAUGUCCAGUCAACGGUGGUUGGUCGGACUUCUCGGCGUGGCAUGACAAAGAAGAUGAUGAAUGUUCCGCUCUGUGUGGGUCGGGAACCGUGGACCAGUUUAAAACCAGAACCUGUACAAACCCAGCUCCUGCUCACGGCGGGGAACCAUGUGACGGAGAUGACCGGGUAAAUGAGGAAGACAGGGCAUGCAAUACACAGGCGUGCACCGAGGAGCAAUGUCCAGAGGGACAAAACACCUACAUCGCGCAUGCCAGCAACAACCGGAAGUUUUAUCAGUGCACCAAUGGGCGAGCUCUGCUGCACACAUGCCCCGAUGGUACGGUCUGGAACCAAUCUGAAAGCUCCUGUGCUCACGUGACCCAGUCAAACGGAUGUCCGGCCCCAAACGGCUUCUUCGCGCACCCAACCGACUGCCGGAAGUACAUCCAGUGCAGCAACAACAACCGUUACGUCAUGAGUUGCCCAACGACCACCAAGUGGAACUCGGAUACGACUAGUUGUGUUUCUGGAGACUGCUAAAUGGCUACUAAAAAUUAAUUAGAACUGAUUAGUAAAGAAAUGGCCAUUUGUAAUGGUGUUUUCUAUUAAAAUUUAAAUAUGAAUAAACAAUUAUUUCAUAA